UCGGUGAAAUUGCGAAUGUGUGUUAAGGCGAUUUGCAACUCUGGCUUUCCUUAUCAAGUUGCUUGGUGAAUAAAAUAGGCGAUCUAAGCAAGCAACGAGUUCAAUUAAACUCCUGCCAUCGACGUAGAUGGUUGUGACUUGGUUGCGCGCUCUCCCAACCAAUUUUCUCUCUUAUUCUUUACGGUAUUGCAAAUAGUUUUGGACGUGUUCACGUAAAGCAUUUAAAAAAAAAGUUCUUUCAUUGACGUGCCAACCAAAUCAUCCCGUUCUUCUCGGGCGCUGAAACAAUUGCACACUAAUUCAGUUGCCGGGUGUCAACCGAACUGUGAAUAAAUUCUGCCACAUCCCGCCUUUUCGUAUACGAAAGGGGAUUUUGAAGUUACGUUUCCUCACAAAUAAAUAAAUCUGUUGGGUGAAGAUGCCGCCAAAUGCGACAACAACCACGACGACGUGCACAGGAGUGCUGAAUGAGAAUGAUGCCGAGACGGUAGAUGGAGGAUUAUUGGAGGAUAGGACACAUUUGAAAUCAGCUGAAAAGAGGCGACUCAAGCUGGUAUGGAGAAAUAUCAUUGCUUUUGGAUACCUGCAUCUUGCCGCUCUCUAUGGAGCCUACCUCCUGCUCACAUCCGCUAGAAUCUACACAAUAUUAUUUGCUUUCGUACUGUACGUGGUAUCGGGCCUGGGUAUUACGGCCGGCGCACAUCGACUCUGGGCGCAUAGGUCCUACAAGGCGAAACUACCCCUACGAAUUCUACUCGUUAUCUUCAAUACAAUCGCUUUCCAAGAUUGCGCCAUGCACUGGGCUCGUGAUCACCGUGUUCAUCAUAAAUUUUCCGAGACAGAUGCUGACCCACAUAAUGCAACGAGAGGCUUCUUCUUCUCGCACAUUGGAUGGCUUUUGUGCCGAAAGCACCCCGAUGUGAUUGCCAGAGGACGUCAGUUGGACAUUUCCGAUCUUCAGGCUGAUCCAGUUCUUCGGUUCCAAAGGAAAUAUUACAUGCUCUUGAUGCCUCUAAUGUGCUUCAUCAUCCCAACAAUCAUUCCUGUGUAUGUGUGGGGCGAAUCCUGGCAUAAUUCCUGGUUUGUUGCAACAAUGUUCCGGUAUACAUUUGUGCUGAACAUCACAUGGCUCGUCAACAGUGCAGCCCAUGCUUGGGGAAGCAAGCCCUACGAUAAGCAUAUUAACCCAUCUGAGAACAAGUCAGUAGCUAUGUUUGCAUUUGGAGAGGGUUGGCACAACUACCACCAUGUCUUCCCAUGGGACUACAAGACCGCCGAAUUGGGCAACUACCGUCUCAAUACUACCACGGCUUUCAUUGAUUUCUUCGCAAAGGUCGGCUGGGCAUACAAUCUCAAGACUGUAUCGUCCGACAUUAUUGAGAAGCGCGUAAAGAGGACCGGAGAUGGAAGCCACAACCUUUGGGGAUGGGGAGACAAGGAUCAGGACCAAGAAGAAAUUGAUGGAGCAACCAUCAUGCAUAGAAAGGAUGAUUAAAUUUAAAUUAAAAAAGAAAGUAUGCUACUAAAAACAUUCAAAUGGAAGUGAAUUUCGGUUAAAGUUCAAUGGACUCAAAAUCCUCCUGAAACUAAUAUUGAACCCACUAAAAAAGAAAAACAAGAAAUAUUUAUGAAUGUGAAAGAUUUCAAAGCCAAAUCACUAUCGUGGAUAAUUGUUCUAAUUUUUUUGCGAUAGAAUGAGAUGAUCAGAGCAGAGGAAUUUAUUGAAUCUCUGUAUCAUCUCACUCUAUUGAUUUACACAUCCAAAUGUGAAGGUCAUGAAGGUUUUCUUUCAUCUAUCUAGUUGUAUAAAACACUUGCUGUGUAGUUUAGGUAUCUAAAGACUAAAAGAGGGGAGUAAGAAUGAUGAAGACACAGAAUUAGGGGCAAAGUGCCACAGAUGGUUACAUCUAAAAAACAAAAUAUAUUUUGUAUUUUACAAUAAAUUUUGCACCUAGCAGAAAUUUCACAAAUUAAAUUGAAUUUCUGCUUGAGAAAACACUUGUUUGGAAUAUCUAGUGGAUUAUUAUUUAAAUAAAAAAAAGAUUUAGAAAUAAUUAAAAUAUUUAAUAAAAACAGAAAAAAAAUUCUAAAACAAACUCUGAGAAAAUUCGUGUCCAAUUCUCUCAAUAAUCCCUUCACUUGUAUUUUCAUACUCAGGAAUUUCAAUGAAACUCUUCGAGCUUUUUCUCUAAACCUCAUAAAAUUUUCUACUUCUAAAAGAGAAACAUUUAACGGAAUUCCGUAAUAAAAUGAUUUUAAUAAAAACAAAAACAUUUCUAAAAUAAUAUUCCACUAUAUUCCUCAGAAAAAAAAAGAUGGGCGGAAAAUAAUAAAGCAAAUUUGCCAAAUGAGGGGGAGGAUUCACAAGAUAUUACAAAACCAGUUAUUUAUAUGUAUGGAUGUAUAUAUAAAAAAUAUAUAUAAAUGUAAUAAAAAAAACAAUAAAGAUCAAUAUAGUAAAUGCAUGGAAACUAAUGGCAAAGGGAAAAACGUGAUGAAUAUAGGAGGAUCAGUUUUAAGGAAGAAAAAAAUGAAUGAAUAAAAACUCAAUAAAAUAAAAUAUUUUUAUCAAAUGUUUGGGAUGAAAUUUUUAAAAAAUGUGAAAAUGAAGGAAAAUUUUAUGAAAAAUAAAUAUAUUUCUUAUUGGAAGUAAAGAAUAAAGAGAGGCACAAAUAUUUCUGUUUUCUAAUGUAAGAAACUUUAAAAAUAGUUAGGCAUGUUUAAAUUUAUAUUAAAAACUGCAAAACUGCAGCGAAAUAUCUCAUGGAGGACUCUACAAAUUGACCUCUAUUUGUAGUAAAAAUUGGCACCGAUGAAACUUGAAAAAUUUCCAAAAAUGGAUUAUAGUGAAAAAAGAUAUUUAUGACAUUUUCUACUAAAUUUUUAUUAUUUUUGUAUGAUGGGGAUAGUAUGGAAAGGCAGCGAAUGAAUUUUGUAAGAAAAGAAACAUUUGAUAUGGUAGAAAGUAAAAUUUUCUAGUUAAAUAAAAAAAUUGGAAAUAUAGAAAGGAUAAUAAAAUGAGAAAUUAUGAUAUAUUGGAUAUUAAAAAUAUUAUAUUUUUACUUACAAUAUUUUCAAAAUUUAUUCAUGCUCGGAAGAAAGGAAUAAAGAUAGAGCAGGUGAUGAAGUUCGAGUUGUGUCAGUGUUUAGAGCUUUUCACUUGAAGAAAAAAAUGAUAAAUUAAAGAAUAUUAAUUCCUUUUGUGAUAAAUGAUUAGAGAAAUAAAGUUUUUGUGAAAAAUCA